AUGUUAGACCUAUAUCCAGUUCAAAAUUUCACCGUUGAACAGAUUGAGUACGAGAAAAACACCAGAUUUCUUCAACCAGCAUGGGAUUGGAUCAAGAAUGGAAAUGAGCACAUCUUGAGUUCACCACUCUUCCCACCAUUUUACGCUCUCUCCAUCGACUACACCUGGGUUGCCAUAUUCACAUUUAUUGACCUUUGCCUCUAUGAUGUUCCAUUCUUCAAAAACUCAAAAAUACAAAAGGAUCGUAAAGUGACAUGGGAGUUGAUGAAGCAGUCACUGAAACUUCAAGGAUGGAAUCAGCUUCUCUGGAUUUAUCCAAUGGCUCUCGUUCAAUUGAUUUGGGUUCCAGACACCGAGUUGCCGAUUCUUGCACCAACUGUAUUUGAGGUGGUGUCACAAAUUGCUAUCUUUUUUCUGGCCUUCGAUUUCACCUACUUUUGGUUCCAUUAUAUCAAUCACAAGGUGAAAUGGCUGUAUCGUUGGUGCCACUCGGUCCAUCAUAUGUACUCAUCUCCGUUUGCCGCUUCUGCUCAACAUCUCCACCCGUUUGAAUUGUUCUUUGUUGGCACAUUCAUCACCACAGUUCCAUGGAUUUUCCCAACUCAUUGUUUGACCUACUGGCUUUGGUUCUUCGUCGCACAAAGUGUUUCCUAUGAAGUUCACAUCGGAUACGACUUCCCGUUUGCUCUCCAUCGCAUCUUCUGGUUCUAUUCCGGCGCCCCUGCUCACGAUAUGCAUCAUUUGAGACCAUUGACGUGCUUCCAACCAUGGUUCAAUUAUCUUGAUCGUCUUAUGGGAUAUCACAUCACAUAUGAGGAUUUGAAGAGAAUGACAGAAGCGAAAUUCAAAAAGUUUGGAUUGUAUUCUGCUGAAGACGAGAAAGAUUUGGAAACCAGAGUCCGCAAAUGGAAGUUCUUGAAGUUGGGGUUGACUGAGGUCCGUUUACGACCACGGGACCGAAGGUCAACAUCGGUGGAUCAGAAGCACAAAGAAUGCUCGUCUACCUCCUCAAGUCCACAACACCAACGGCCAAAUAAUAUCGGCUACUUAACAAGUCCAAUGGAAAGAAAAUUCACACCCCUGACCAUGAAACCAUCUCCGUCUAGAAGGGAUACUGAAAAGGAUGCUCUUGAGUUUGAAUUUCUAGAAGGGUGCAAGAAAUCCGGAACGUUAGAUAUUGAUGGUGUCAAGCAGGCAGUAGAUCCAAAUGAAAUCCAUAUCAUCGGCCUGCUCGGAAGUGGUUCUUGUGGCGUGGUUGAGUCGGCAAUGGUACGAUCGAAAUUGAUGGCUGUGAAGACUAUGUACAAGAAUGACAAUAAAGAAAACUUGAAAAGGAUUCUCCGUGACGUCAGGAUUAUGUCUCUCUGCAAUUCUCCGUUUAUAGUAACCAGCUACGGAUAUUUCAUGUUCAAUUCAUCAGUCAAAAUUUGUAUGCAAAUAAUGGCAGCUUGUUGUGAGAAACUAUUACGGCGCAUAUAUCACUCAAAAUUGGAUUUCUUCCCCGAAUUCGUCGCCGGUCAUAUUGUCUACUCGGCGAUUAGUGCGUUAGAUUAUCUGAAGGAAAAACAUUCGAUUAUACAUCGCGAUAUCAAACCAUCUAAUAUCCUCUUUGACGACAGUGGUAAUAUAAAGCUGUGCGAUUUUGGGAUAAGUGGUUUUAUGACUAAUUCGAUGUCACACUCCAAAAGUGCAGGAUGUCCUCCUUAUAUGGCUCCUGAAAGAUUAACGAUCGAGACAAACUCCAAAUAUGAUGUGAGAAGCGAUGUAUGGUCAUUGGGGAUUACAGUAUACCAGUUGGUCACCGGACUAUACCCUUUUCCUUUGAACGAUAUGGAAUUCACAACACUAACUAUCAUUGCCAAUUUGAAUCUUCCAUCACCAAGUUUGAAAAAAGAAACAACAAGAAGUUUCUCGCCACUUUUCAUUGAAUUUCUAGACUUUUGUCUGAGAAAAGAUGUUCGCGAAAGACCGGAGUACAAACAACUUAUGAAACAUGACUUUUUCCUCGACUAUGAUCCUGCCAGUGGAGAUUAUUACAAACUGAAAACGAUUAAUGGUAACACUAAUCAAGUAGCAGAUUGGUUCAACGAUAUAAUAAAACGAUCAAAAACUGAAGACGAGCUGAAACCGAUCCCCAAUACACCUUGCGUUAAUUAA